AUGCGGGGGCGAGCGGGCAGUGUCAACAUGACGGCGAUGCGCGAGAGGGCGGAGGAGGCCAGCAAGAGAGAGACAAGCCUGGCAAGCCAGCUCGAUCACUACCUUGGGUUAAGGAAAGAUGGGUAUGGGACCAACACAGAAGGAUUCUUUCACAUCAUAUUCUUGAUAGUUUUCACCGCUGUGGUGAUGGAUCAAGCCGUUCCCAAUGAAGAGUUCCACAGCUUUUGUGAUAGCUUGAGCACUUUGUUUGUGAUAGAUAGCAUUCCAGAGAACGACGCAAGGAACGCAACAUUGCGAUGGUUCAAUCAAUCCAUCGCAACCAAGAUCCUCCCUCCUGACGCUCAAGCUGUCGGAUACUUUGGAGGAGGAAGCCUGCUUCUCGUCUCUCACAUCCAGGUUCGACAGCUGCGGGUGGUUGCGACCCCCUGCAACAGCCUCGUGCAGACGAUGACAACGAGCAGUCUGCCCUGCUACGGGGGAUACACACAGAGCAACGAGUUCCGGUCUCCGCUCACCCUGAGAGCUCCGGGGUCAAACUCAUCCAUCGCCUCCUACUGGGAGCUCGGGGACGGGACGUGGACGCGAGGAAAGUCUGGGACGGCCUACCCGAGCUCAGGGAACAUGCUGUACCUCCCGUUGAACAGAACGGAUGCGAUGGCAAUGCUGAGGUUGAUGAGCAGCGGCUGGAUGGCGCCUGGGACGCGGGCGAUGCUGGUCGACUACCUUGUGAUCUGCCCAUCCCUUCGGCUGUUGGGCACUGUGAGACAGAUCGUGGAGUUCCUCCCCUCCGGGAAGGUGGAGACAGACGUGCGGGUGGAGGGGGCGAGGAUGGAGCACGUGCUGCCGACAGGAGACAAGCUGCAGUCAGCCGGGGUAGCAGGGGAGAUCGUCGUGCUCACGUGGAUCUGUCUCCUCACUGUGCGGGAGCUCUACAUCCUCUUUCGCAUCAGGUGGUGGUACGUGCUGGGAAAGGGGAGGCUGUGGAGGUUGUGGAGCUGGACCGUCUUUGCGCUGGGAGCAGCGAGCAUGGCGUACCGCCUUCAGCCCAUUCAGCUGAUGAACUCGCAGAAGUAUGUAUUCCCUCCUACUACCAACAGGUACUUUCCCAGCUUCCAGUCCGUCCUCCUCCUCCUGCAGACGUGGAGGACGCUACUGGGGGUGAACCUUGCGCUGUGCUGGCUGAGGAGCCUGCAGUUCAUGCACAACAUCUCUGUGCUCAGACCGACCCUCGAGGCCAUGGAGCGCGCUAUGCUCGCUGUCAUCUCCAUCGUGCUCGUCUGCUUCAUCCCGUUCCUCGCGCUUGCCAUGGUCCACCAGCUGGUUCUCGGGUCGAUCAGAAGUUUAUUGAUGAAGAAGUCGGAGACCUGGAAAGGAGCAUGGAAGAAGCUGGAUGAGGAGAUUUUAGAUGAGAAGCUGAAGGUGGAGAUGGUCGAGAGGAAGCGGAUCGACAAGAUCGAGAGCAGCAUUGCAUUCCUGGUUGUGAACCUGCGAGCGCUGGCGAGAAACCUUCUUAAGGAGGAGAGGAGCAACAAGCUGCUGCAGGAACAGUCGUUGCUCCUGCUGGGGAUGAAACAAGGAAGCAGCUACCAGAGUCUGAGAGAGAUGAGCUCCUUGAAAAGGAGCCAGGGAGCCAGGGAGCCAGGGAGCCGAGGGGCGAGGAGGAGAGGCAAAGAAGGAAGCAGCGAGGGGCACUAG